AUGCUCAUGUCAAGCACAACUUCGGUAAGCUCGCAGAAACCUUCCAUGUCUCUUGUGAAGUCCAUCGGCUAUCUGACUACGGCAAUCACCAAGAAGCUGACUGGCAGCGACAAGGUCGCGCCCCUCUUCAUAGCACCGCACGUUGAAAACGAAGAAUUCGAACACGUUGUGGAGCUAGCGUGCGGUCACAUCCUAUGCAAGAAAGACGAUGAUAAGGCGAGGGGUGCCAGAUGCGGGCUACUAGGCAGCAACAGUCUCUUCGCCAAUCUUUCGAUCUACGAAGCCACUCGGUGCCCGAUUUGCGAAUCCAAUCUGCUUGCCAACAGAAAUGUCGGAAGCGAACGCGACUUCCGUGUCGCCGCACUGCGGGUUCCAGAAAAGCACACAACGGUGGCCAAAAGUGGAGAGCUGUACGGUCCCGAGAGAUAG